GAGGGAAUUCCGGGAGGGGCGGGUUCGCCGGUAGGGGCGGCGCUUCCGGGCAGCGGCGCAGGUGGGUCCCGGCGCUGCGCGCCCCCCAGCUCGCAGCCCCCGCGCACCGGGAGCUCGGCCCGGUGAGCGCCGGCACCGCCCCGCACCCCCGGGAACACCGCGAGCCUGCACCUGCGUUCCAGCGGUGCUCCCGCCCCGGCUGUGCCCCGGACGCCCUCCCCAAACACCCGGGCCGUGCCCCUGACCCCCAGCCCGGGUCCAGCCCCCGUACCCCAGCUCGCCCCGUCUGCGGCACCCACGUGGGGAGUGUCACUGCCCCGGCCUGGCAGACUUUGCCCCUGGCACUCGGAGCAGGGUUUGCCCUCCCUGCCGCCUCUCCGUGCUGACCCCAGGGGCCCUGAGCCCCGCCGGAGGAACACCGACGCCCGUAGUGAGGUGGACUAAAGGCCGGGCCGCCCGCAGCCCUGUGAUGUGACUGGCAGCGCGGGGCUCGGCGGUGUCCCCGGGCGCUGCUGAGGCCAUGCUCAGGCUGCGCCUGCUGACGUGGGACGUGAAGGACACGCUGCUGCGGCUGCGGCAGCCCGUGGGCCAGAGCUACGCGGCCGAGGCCCGGGCCCACGGGCUGCAGGUGCAGCCCGAGGCUCUGGGGCGCUCCUUCCGGGAGGUGUACGGAGCCCAGAGCCGGCGCUUCCCCAACUACGGCCACGGCCAGGGGCUCAGCUCCCGGCAGUGGUGGCUGGAUGUUGUCAAACAGAGCUUCAGGCUCUCGGGCGUGCAGGACGAGGCAGCCCUGACGAAGCUGGCAGAAAAGCUCUACCGCGACUACUGCAGCUCCAACACCUGGGAGGUGCUGCCGGGAGCGGCCGAGACCCUGAGCCGCUGCCGCCAGCUCGGCUUCCGCAUGGGAAUCGUCUCCAACUUCGACAGCCGGCUGGAAGCCAUCCUCUCGCACUGCAACCUGCGGCACCACUUCGAGUUCGUGCUCACCUCCGAGGCCGCGGGCUUCGCCAAGCCGGACGGGAGGAUCUUCGAGCAGGCGCUGCGGCUCGGCGGGGCCCGCCCCGAGCAGGCGGCUCACAUCGGGGAUGACUACAGCCGGGAUUACCGGGCGGCCCGGGCCGCGGGCAUGCACAGCUUCCUGCUGCGGGCCGCCGGGCAGGGCGAGGGGCCCGAGGUGCCCCCCGAGCACGUCCUGCCCACGCUGAGCCACCUCCUGGCUCGCAUCGAGAAGGAGUAGCUGCGGUUCGGAGGGGUCCAGUGCUGCUGCCAGUGCUGAACUGUCCUGACAUGAGAUUUCUUGCUGCUAGGUGGGCAGGGAAGAGCAGCAAGUCCGAGCUGCCUAUGGAGCAGGAGGAGUGUUCAUGCAAUAAAACAUUUCUGAUGCCCAGCA